AUGUGUACUGCUGUCUACGCUUCCCCCAUUCUAGCUCAGCGGGAGGCUCUCUGGCGUCAUCUCUCAGGCCUCCGUAGUGAUAUUGUGAUCCCUUGGCUUCUCGUGGGGGAUAUGAACGAAAUUCUCCACCCUUCAGAAGUCCGGGGUGGUGAGUUUGUUGCUAGCCGAGCUGCUCGAUUUGCUACACUUCUUGAGGAAUGUUGUCUAGUGGAUUUGGGUGCGGUUGGUGGCAAUUAUACAUUGUUCUGGAAAAACAAUAAUAUAAUCGUUUUAUCAAAGCGCCUUGACAGAGCUUUGGGUGAUAUUGAUUGGCGCUUGGCUUUCCCCGAUGCAUAUGUGGAGGUCCUCCACCAGAAACUUUUGAGGGGUGUUCAGAGAGAACUAGAUGCAAGGAUUACUUCAGACAUGGUUCGUUUUGAAGCGGAAUUGCAAAUAGAAUAUGGAGAUAUUUUGAAGCAGGAAGAGCUCCUUAGGUUUCAGAAAGCUAGAGAGAAUAGGGUCCGUUUCGGUGACAGAAACACAUCCUAUUUCCAUUCCCAUACAAUCAUCCGUAGUAGGAGAAACUGCAUCCAUAGAUUGAAGCUGCUUAGUGAUGGGGAUUGGCAUGUAGAAGAAGACGUGUUGGUGAGGGAAGUCCAAUUUUACUUUCAAAAUCUAUUUGCUAAUGAUCCUAAUAUUGGUGAUCAUAGGUUACAUCAUGAUGCUUUUCCUUCCCUGUCUGAAGUAAACAGGAACAAGCUUAUGGUUCCCGUAACCAAAGAGGAGGUUCGACACGCUCUCAUGUCUAUGAAGCCAUUCACUGCACCAGGCCCAGAUGGUUUCCAACCUUUUUUCUCAAAAAGUAUUGGGAACUCGUUGGGGAUGACCUUUGGAAGGUGA